CAUCUCAGAGUUACUCAACUUCAUUUCUUUCUCUCUUCUUCUUUACGCACUAUGCUCUCUGUGACGCGUUGCUUAGCUCUAUUAGGGUUUUCAUUCGUUCUGUUUCUGCGCUUCUGUAUGCUGUGCCGCACUUUCACUAAGAGAAUACGUCAGGGAAUUGUGUUCGAAUUUCGAUGGGUAGAUUUUGCUUUGACCUUACUUUCUGAUGGAAUGUGACGUUGGAGGCGUCUCUGAUUCAUUCGUGCUGCAUACUUGUAAGAGAAGAAGGGUUUGUAAAGCCUGCAUUGCUCCGUCCGUUGAUAUCAUGACAGAAACUGAAGCUUUUUUGCCUGUAUUGAAAUCAAGCGGUUAUUAUACCAAACCAUCUCUGAAAGAAUUACUGGCCAGGGAGCUUGUUGAACCUGGUUAUUGCGGCCGUGUUUCUGAUUUCACUGUUGGGAAAUUUGGUUAUGGAUAUGUCAGAUUUCUUAACGAAACUGAUGUGAGGGGGUUACAUAUAGAUGAAAUUGUAAACUUUCGCAGGCAUGAGAUAGUUGUAUACAGUGAUGAAAAUGAUAAGCCUGCAGUUGGUCAGGGCCUCAACAAGGCAGCUGAAGUAGUUUUGGUAUUAGACAGUGAAAUAUUGAAGUCUAUGGAGGGCAAGGAAGAUGUGCUAGUGAACAAAUUAAAACAAAUCACAGAGAGACAGGAAGCUCAAUUUAUUUCCUUUGAUCCAGUGACUGGUAAGUGGAAAUUCUUAGUUGAACACUUCAGCAGAUUUGGGUUUGGAGAUGAUGAUGAGGAAGACAUCGUCAUGGAUGAUGCUGAGGUAUAUGAUGUUGAGAAAGAAUCACCAUCAAAUACCAAUGAAGUUGAGCUUUCUCAUUCUCUUCCUUCUCAUCUUAGGCUUGAUCCUGUUAAGAUGAGAGAAAUGAGAUUAUUGAUGUUUCCAGGUGACGAAGAGGUAGAAGACUUAAGUCAUAAAUCAUCUUCUGACAAGCAGUAUGUACGGCCUUUACAAAGUUCUGCUCACGUAAUUAACCAUCGUUUCACCCCACCAGUUACAAGAAAAACUCCAUUUCCAUUACUUGAGUAUAAACAUGGUAAUUUUGAUUCAAAUUCUCCUGGAGGCAUUUUGAUGGUUCAGCAGCAUAAGGGCGUGCCUCUCAGGACAGUUAAAUCACAAGGUUUUAAUCUUGAUCUCAAACAUGAAACUCCAGUAUCUGGAAACUAUGCUCACAAUAUAGUUGAUGCUGGUCUAUUUAUGGGUAAAUCAUUCCGAGUUGGUUGGGGACCAAAUGGCAUUCUUGUACACUCUGGUGCACCUGUAGGAAGCAGUGGUGAUCACAGGCUGUUAUCAUCUGUCAUCAAUUUGGAGAAAGUUGCUUUUGAUAAUGUGGUCAGGGAUGAAAAUAAAAAAGUGAGUGAGGAACUUAUUGAACAUGCUUUCGUAUCUCCAUUAAAGUUUCACAAAGGAAUAAACCAUGUGAUGAAAGAAGUUGAAAUUGGUCCCUGCAGGUUGAAACUUCAAAAACUUGAAGCUAAUCGUAUGAUCCUGUCUGAGAUUUCUCAUCAGUACUGUGAUCUUAUUGAGAGGCAACUGAGUGUUCCUGGGUUAUCUUCCUCUACUCGUUUGGGUCUGACACACCAAGUAAUGACCUGGGAAUUAAUUAGAGUUCUUUUUUCUGAUAGAGAAGAAAAGGGUCAAGUAGAAUCUUUGGGUGCUGACAACGAAGAAGAUAUGAUGCAGGACAUGAAGGAAAUUUCUCAAGAUGUUGACCGAGAAGCACUCCCUCUAAUAAGGAGGGCAGAGUUUAGUUAUUGGUUGCGAGAGAGUGUUUCCUAUCAUGUUCAAAAUCAAAUAAGCUCUCUAAAUGAUUCUGAUUAUCUGCAACAUAUUUUUGUACUCUUGACUGGGAGGCAACUGGAUGAGGCAGUUCAACUGGCUGUGUCCAAAGGAGAUGUGAGAUUGGCUUGUUUAUUAAGUCAGGCUGGUGGAUCUACUGUGAAUCGCUCUGAUAUAGCAAGACAACUUGAUAUUUGGAGAAAUAAAGGGCUGGAUUUUAGUUUUAUUGAAGAUGACAGAUUGAGACUCUAUGAAUUGCUUGCUGGAAAUAUUCAUGAUGCAUUGCAUGAUAUCAAAAUUGACUGGAGGAGGUUCUUAGGUUUAUUAAUGUGGUACAAAUUACCACCAAACACUUCAUUACCCAUUGCUUUUCAGACUUACAAGCAUUUUCUUGAUGAGGGAACAGCUCCGUAUCCUGUUCCCCUUUUUAUUGAUGAAGGAACACUAGAAGAGGUCAUCAGUUGGAACUCCGAUAAGCACUUUGACAUUUCAUUUUAUCUAAUGCUUCUUCAUGCUAGUGAAGAGACCAGAUUCAGCUUUUUGAAGGCUAUGUUUAGUGCAUUCUCUUCCUCCCCAGAUCCACUUGAUUACCAUAUGAUUUGGCAUCAACGUGCAGUAUUGGAAGCUGUGGGUGUUAUCAAUUCUAACGAUCUUCAUAUUUUAGACAUGUCAUUUGUGUCUCAGUUAUUGUGCUUAGGGAAAUGUCAUUGGGCCAUAUAUGUGAUCCUUCACUUGCCCCUUCGUGAAGAUUAUCCGUAUCUUCAUGUAAAUUUGAUUCGGGAAAUAUUGUUCCAAUACUGUGAAACUUGGAGUUCAGACGAAUCUCAGCAACAGUUCAUUGAGGAUUUGGGCAUUCCCACGGACUGGAUGCACGAGGCUUUGGCAACCUAUUAUAAUUACAAUCAGGAUCACUCGAAAGCUCUUGAGCAAUUUCUUCAGUGUGCAUAUUGGCAGAAAGCUCAUUCUAUUUUUAUAACAUCGGUUGCUCAUAGAUUGUUCUUGCAAUCAAAACAUGCUGAUAUAUGGAGUAUAGCAACUUCCAUGGAGGACCAUAAAUCAGAAAUUGAAAACUGGGAGUUGGGAGCUGGAAUUUACAUUUCAUUUUAUUUGAUGAGAAACACGCUUCAGGGUGAUCCCAAUUCCAUGACCGAAUUGGAUUCUCUUGAAAAUAAAAAUGCUGCUUGUCAGGAUUUUGUCAGUCAGCUAAAUGAAUCCCUGGCGGUUUGGGGUGGCAGACUACCUGUUGACGCAAGGGUGGUGUAUUCAAGAAUGGCAAGCGAGAUAUGUGAUUUGCUGCUCUCAUCUGUUGGUGAGGGUGCAACCCGUGAUGAGCAAUUUAACUGUUUUGGCACUGCUUUCAGUGCUCCCAUUCCAGAAGACCAGCGCUCUGGUCACUUGCAGGAUGCAGUAUAUCUUUUUACCAGCUACCUCUUAGAGAUAUCUAAUUAAUUCCACAAUUUUACCAUUUACUGUCAGAUAUAAAGUCCAAUAGAAAAUAGAACAUCGAUGUGUUUAUAAGGCAGGAUUUUUAUCUGCAUAUUAUUCAUGAGUUUUGUGCGUUUUUUUAAUUUAUCUCGGUCUUGUAUGAUUGAUAAGCAUGAGAUGCCGCUAAAUAACAUUCAUUAAUUUUGCUUGUA